UGGCAAUGUGCGGAUCAGCCUUUAACAGAUGAUGCCCCCCAGGUCCUGUGGAGAACAUGAUGACCAACAGUAAGGUGGCCGUGGAUUCCUUCCUCUGCCUGGGACGCUUAUCUUACAACCAUACCAAGGAACGACUCCUGCUCAUGUACAAGCCCAUAAAACGAAUCAUCUGGGAUUUCGAUGAACAAGCUAAAGUAAUUCACAACGAAACCUCAGGCAUCGACAGCAAUGUGAAGCCCAUUGAAAAGGAGGUCGAAAGCGACGAGGAAGCAAAGGCUAUGGAAGCGGACGCCGACUACGUGGACAAGGUGUCCGACUCGGACUCGAGAACCAAGCUGGUCGAAGAGAAAUACAAAGAGCUGCAAAAGGAGCUCGAACGGGACAAGGACAUCGAAGCCAAUUACGGAAAGAAGCUGGAACUCCGCUGCGAAGGCAUCUUUUCUCAAGGCGUUCGAGGCUGCAGACUUGCCUUUCGUGCUGCCGAAGACCGAUGUUUUCAAGCGUUGUGGGUACUCGGCUACCUUCUCUGCUGGCCAAUGAAACUGACCAUUUUAUGCCACGUCGUAAGCACAUUUUUAGGGAAACGAACAUGCGACGGCUUGCAGCCAAUAAACACCGGCUUCGGCGAGAGCAUCUCGGUGAUGGAGUCGGUCAAACAGGAAUUCGACAAGAACUUCAAGGUCAAUGUUCAGUAUAAGGUAAUUCUACCCGAGGACGCCAUCAACGUGAUCACGCCCGAAGACCUCCAGAAAAAGGUGAACAGUGAAUUCGAGCACCGCAAGAAAGGAAUUGGCCUCCUCUCGACGCUGCUGAGUCAGGUGUUCGCGAUAGUCGUCGCAUCGGCCGUACUUGAGGCCAGAAACUACGUCGAUAAAUACCUGGACGACGUGACCUUCGAUAACCGUUACAUUACGGAAUACUUCGGUAAAAUCGACGAUAGACGCGCAAGAAAUGGCCUCAUUACGCUAUUACCUCUCAAGAGAUACGAGGCUAUAGACAUCUACGACCCACUGGAGUUUCGUAUGUCCAGAAAAGAAUACUCAAUGGUGAUGCGAGGAAUAGGAGGCGAACUGGUUCACGUCGUCUUCGGGACUAUAAUGCUCGGUCUGGACUCCCUGAUCUACGACGUGCUAGAUAUUAUCAGGCGCAACGCCGAGGUUCAGUUUGUCCAGGAGGGCUACCAUCGGAUAGCGAUGCAAGUGUUUGGAACGGGAGCUGUGAGCAAUCUGGUGAGGAAAGUCUUCAAGGAUUUCGACGUCGAAGAAAAGUUGGAGAAAAUAGCCAGCAACGCACACUGCCUCCCAAAACCAGUGAAGACGUCACGGUGGCUGAUCGCCCGUCUUUAUCUUGUCUACGCUGCCAUGAUAUCACUGGUGAUCGCCGAGCUAUUUGUUUUGAGAUUCAGACGAGUUGUCUGCGCCUAUUUUUUCAGAAAGAGAGAGAAGAAAAGGAUCAUUCACCUGUACAACAAAACGCUCAAGAGGAGGGUGGGAUACAUCAAGUACGUCCGUCAUAGGAUCCGGCGGCUCGUCCGAGAGAGAGAAUUCGACCUCGACGUCGGUUGGUUCGAAUUCGUCCGCAAGAUGGCUCCACGCGCCUACAGGCUUCUGCAGGUCUUGGGACUCGCUCACCGAAGGGUGUGUCUCGUGUGCGACGACCCCGAAGACUCUGAUUUCUACGUUUGCACGACCGAAGUCUGCCAGUGCGUUUAUUGCUUUCAGUGUUGGAACGAGAUUGGCAGGUGCUACGCGUGCGAGGAGUCACAAGAGGACGAGUCUCCGCUGAGUGACGAACUCGUCUAAAGCACCCUUUCAACGGCCUCUUUCAUUCGUUCCCAGCGUUCGAUUUCAAGCCUUCGUAAAAUCACGGUGAAUAGCAUUAGACACAAAAAAGGGACGGAUCAAAGGCAUAAACAGAACACUCAAGUUCUGAUGGAAGGUGUCGCUGACGUAUGUAUAG